ACGAGUUGCAAAGCAUUUAAAGACUGAAGGACGAUGAGUGCGAAUCGAGCCGUCUCUAAGCCAACAGAGGAGCUCUUUCGGGUGUGCGAGACAGGUGACGUACAGGCAGUCUCACGUCUGCUGCAAGACCCGGAAGUUGACAUUAAUUGGCAGUGCUCGCAGUCGUAUGGGGCUACGCCGCUUAUAGCUGCCAUUUCCCACGGCCACCAAGAGAUCGUACAGAUUCUGCUAAACGCUGACGCUGAGCUUGGAGUGGUCAAGACUCCCGAUCGUAAUAGCCCACUACAUGAGGCUGCUUUUGCAGGCGAUCCAAAUAUCAUGCAGUUUGUUCUGAACAAGGUGCUUGAGAAAUCAGGAGACAACGCUGCCGAUCUCUUGAAUUUGCAAAACCAAGUAAGAACUAGCGCUUACCUUGGGGAUACGCUGCUUAAUUUCUAUGUUCUACGUUUGAAGUUUGGAAACACUCCACUGCACAACGCAGCUCGAACGGGAAGUCCAGGUUGCGUCUCCAAUUUGUUACAGGCUGGUGCAAUGCCCUCCAUUAAGAAUGUCAAUGGAUCCAUUCCACUGCACCAUGCGUGCUACAGUGAAACGCCGAACUUGGAAGUUGUUCGGCUACUUGUGGAAGCUGGAUCUGAUGUCAACGCUUUGGACGAGCAAGGAUACUCCCCGCUAAUUGUAGCUGCCAAGAAGAACCAAACAGAGGUCAUCGAAUACUUGCGAAAGCACGGUGCCGACACCACGCUGAAGAACUCGUUUGGCGAAGAUGCACUCCACUUCGCGGAGCUGCGCAACAAUACAGGCGCGAUCCAGUUAUUAGAGUGAACCAAACGCUCACACAUGUUGGUUCUCCACCAACCUCGUGCCGUACACCUACGCACCUCCUGAAAUGAAUGCCUAACGUUGCUUAGCUUCUCAUUUCAUCACAGUAACAGCUACCUUGAUAUGUUCGAACAGGGGCAUCUGAUG